AAAGAAAUAGUGCGGGUAAAAUCUGGAGAAUCAACAAACCCUUUUUCAAGCAUCAAUAAGCAGAUACAAUAUCAUGAUCAUUCAAACAUCAUUGGUUUCAAGAUAGAUUCACGAUUUAUACUUGACCAUGAGGAUCAUGAGAUUGAUUUAGGCUGCCUGGAAGCUGCAAUAAACGCUUUUGAUGCAGAUAAAGUAUACAAUGAUAAAGCAAAAUUGGCAAGAGAAGCAAAAGAAAUUGUUGAUGUUUUGACUAGUAAUUCUCUUCCUGCUGCAUAUUGUCAUGGCUGGGCUAUUCAAAUAUGUGGUCUAUCUGGAAAAGUGUCAACUGUGGAAUUAGUGGCUGAUAAGCUUUAUGUU